AUGGUAACCCGCUCUCAGCCUGGGAUCCACAAACCCAACCUGAAGUACGCCCACUAUCACACUGUUGUUGACCUUCCCAAGGAACCAAAGACAAUACGCUCCACCCUUAACCAUGCUGGCUUGACCAAAGCACUACAAGAUGAGAUCCAAGCUCUCCAAGACAACAACACUUGGACACUCGUGCCUCGUUUCCCUUACAUGGAUGUUAUUGGUUGCAAGUGGGUCUUCAAGACCAAAAUCAAUGCCGACGAUACUCUCAAUCGGUUGAAAGCUUGCCUUGUUGCCAAGGGCUUCCACCAAAUUGAUGGUGUCAAUUAUACAAAGAUGUUAUCUCCUGUAAUCAUGUAA